AUGUCCUCUCCAAUACAGCCCUCUCUGCGUCUGCAAACAACCGACCACAACAAUAUAGAGAGCCCCAAGAAAAAAUCUCUACCAACCAUCAACGUCAUAAAUCAUAGUCAAGAAAGGACACCAAAGUCCGAGUCCUUGGAGGCCCCUGUCAGGUUGCAAGUUACCAAGUCCCCUGUCAGAGUGCCAAACUCCAACUGCAGCCGCUUCAGCUGCCUUCGCGGUCUCGAAAGGCAUGACCUUUCCGACACACAGAUUGCAAACAGGCUAGACUGGUGUAUGCGCGGAUCUACAGUGGACAAACGCCCAUGCGAUGUGUCUCGAACUGUUCUGCAACUUACGGGCAUGUGGCCAUGGGAGUUUGCCGCCGGUUUCUUACCUAAAAAAUGGGAUAUGAGCAUGUUGGAGGAUAUCAGACAGCUGUUGAGAAGCGUCUGUAAAAGUGCCCGAAUUAACGGUCCGGGACCUCAUACCAAGAUUGUCCAAAACUUUCUCCUGGGGUGCGCAAAGAAGCGCGAUGCACAAUGCCUACAUCUCCAACAUAGCGACGUGCUAAACGCUAUCAACCACUUCAGCUCAGACUUUUAUACGAAAAGGGGAGCAACAACACCCAUCCAUACUCCGUCUGUCCAGCGUCAGGCCGAGCAAAUAACAGUGCGGGGGUCUGAUGAGGAAAGCGAAAGUGAUGAGAGCGAUGAUGACCAAGACGAAGCUAUUGAAAUACCCGAUUCACAAAAUGAAUCGGAAGAUUGGACCGGCCACCACGUUGAUGAUGUUGUUGGACCGACAGAUCAAAACGAAACGGCCACUGUCACUGUGAAACGCUCAAGAUCACCCUCGUUGACUACUCUGCUGGAGAAGCGUCCACGGACAACAGGUCCAAGCAAUCCACACCACGACAUUAAUGCUACUAUACUUCAAGACCCAGCACCGCCGAGAAAUACAUGCGACAAUAGGAAUGUCACAGUGGUCCAAAAUGCGGCUUUACAGACUAGCACAAUACCAGCACGACGUUCAAAGACUAUUGUGAAUCUUGUUGAUGAGUUUGAGGUGAUCGAGGCUGAAAAGCGGAAAGAGCUCGAUGUCGUCACUUAUUCACUUCACGAAGUCAGGACCUCAAUCGAAGAUAGCGAGGCCAAUGAAGCAAAACUAGGCAGCGAGAAAGUUCAAAAAAUAUGCACAGACGUCAAAGCAUACGAAACAGAAAGGGAGAAGAUAAUAAAAGGCAUGCGCUUCGUCGAAGAGCACCACGAGGAUAUGGCCAUGAGUGCCAAUGACCUCGAAAAAGCAUUGCAUAAGUACAAAACAAGACUUGAAGAGUGCGACCGCUUGAUCGCCCAAGCUGACUCGGACGUGCUGGAGGAGCUAGAAGUUAUUGCGCAAAAUGACUUUAACCGACGAGCUGAAGAGCAGUGGCUGAAAUCUCGUGCGCGAGAGCUCCUUCAGGAAGUGCAGUAUUCCGCCGCUGUGAAAACGUUGAUGAAGCUAGGACCGUCGGGAAUGGCAACCCUACUAGCCAGACUAGAGACAAAGAAUGUGUCCCUGGUUGCUAUGGCUGAGGAAGUCAUGAUAGAGCGUGCUGUUUCGUCUCUGGAUAGUGUCUUGAAGAACAACGGAACACGACAGCAAAGACAGGCAGCGGAAUGA